AGAAAAAAUUUGUGGAUAUUACUGCAAAAUAUUUCUAAAAAUAUGUGUUUUAUUUAAAAAAAAAAAUUAAAGCAAAUGUUAUAAAAAAUUAAGAAAAUAUUGUUUGUGUGUUUUAAAGAAAUUUCUGUAAAUUUGUGUGUGCUUGUUAAUCUAUAAAUAUUAACGACGAAAGCAAGUUAAAAAAAACAAAAAAAAAAAAUAUUAAGAAAAAAUUGCAACACCAUCAUUGAAAACCAAUACCAGCAAAAGAAAAAAAAUAAAAAAAUAAUAAUUGUAAUAGUAAAAAAAAGUAAAAUUUUAUCAUAAAACACCCAUUUGUGUAAAAACAAAAUCUAAUACGAAGAGCAAUAAGAAAAUUAAUUUCUAAACAAUGAAUCGUACUGAUGGCUUAGUAAGACGUGCCGUACGUCCUAGAGAAAAUGGUGCCGAAGGUGGUGGCAGUGCAUCCGGUAAUGCUAAUACACCCGAGGAUAAUCCCGAUAUGUUGGAUAAUAAUGAUCAAGAGGAUAACAUAGAUGAUGGCGAUUCCAAAGAGACACGUUUAACAUUAAUGGAAGAGGUCUUACUAUUGGGUUUAAAAGAUAAAGAGGGAUACACAUCUUUUUGGAAUGACUGCAUAUCAAGCGGCCUACGUGGCUGUAUACUCAUUGAACUUGGCAUACGUGGACGUAUUAUGAUGGAAAAAUCUGGUAUGCGUAGACGUGGAUUGUGUUCAAGAAAAGUUAUAUUAAAAUCAGAUCAACCAACUGGAGAUGUUCUAUUAGACGAAGCUCUUAAGCACAUUAAAGAAACAAAACCACCAGAAACAGUUCAAAGUUGGAUUGAAUAUUUAAGUGGUGAAACUUGGAAUCCUUUAAAAUUACGCUAUCAAUUGAAAAAUGUACGAGAACGUUUGGCUAAGAAUCUGGUUGAAAAGGGUGUCUUAACAACAGAAAAACAAAAUUUCUUAUUGUUCGAUAUGACAACACAUCCUUUAAAUGAUAAUGUGGUUAAAUGUCGUUUAGUUAGAAAGAUACAAGAUUCCGUUUUGUCCAAAUGGGUCAAUGAUCCACAACGCAUGGAUAAACGUAUGUUGGCACUGAUAUUUUUGGCUCAUGCUAGUGAUGUUAUAGAAAAUGCUUUUGCUCCCCUUAAUGAUGACGACUACGAAGUGGCUAUGAAACGUGUGAGAGAAUUAUUGGAUUUAGAUUUUGAGGCCGAAGCGGCCAAACCCAAUGCCAAUGAAAUUCUUUGGGCAGUUUUUAUGGCUUUCACUAAAUAAAAUCUAUUAUUUUAAUUAAGUAAUUUUUAAAACAAUUAUUAUUUUUAUUAAAAACA